GAUGAGAAAAGGGAAAGGACUAAGAUUAGGACAGAAAGAGGCACAUCAAAUAGAUUUUAAUAAGAAAGCCAACAGCAAAGCCGGUUAAAGACGGCCAUAGCACCACGAAAAAUCCAAUUCGGCUAUCAUCAGCCGGCUUAUAUUCUCUAAACAUUGCCAGCCCACACUCUUUCUUUUCCAUUUAAAAGCCUCCCCUUCAUUGGAGGACUCAGUCAUAUGAUUUUUUUCUUAUCUCUUAAUUAUUAUUAUUAUUAUUCAUCUUGUUUCUUCUUGUUUCUUCUUCUUCUUCUUCCUCUUUUUCUUCACCAUCGAUCAAUGGCUAAGUUAUCACAGCAGAACCGGAAAAGCAAUAAUGCAAACAACAACACUAAUACUACAGCUAACACGGCUAUAAAGGUUAAGAGAACAAGGAGAAGUGUCCCUAGAGACUCUCCUCCUCAAAGAAGCUCCGUUUAUCGAGGUGUCACUAGGCAUAGAUGGACCGGCCGGUAUGAGGCACAUUUAUGGGACAAGAAUUGCUGGAAUGAAUCACAGAACAAGAAAGGACGCCAAGUCUAUCUUGGUGCAUACGAUGAUGAACAAGCAGCAGCACAUGCUUAUGACUUAGCAGCACUCAAAUACUGGGGUCAAGACACCAUUCUUAACUUUCCGUUAGCAACUUAUGAGAAAGAAUUGAAAGAAAUGGAGGGUGUGGCAAGAGAAGAAUAUAUUGGAUCGUUGAGAAGGAAAAGCAGUGGUUUUUCGAGGGGAGUCUCAAAAUAUAGAGGCGUUGCCAGACAUCAUCACAAUGGAAGGUGGGAAGCUCGAAUUGGACGAGUCUUUGGCAACAAAUAUCUCUAUCUUGGGACAUAUGCCACACAAGAAGAAGCUGCAACAGCAUACGACAUGGCGGCCAUAGAGUACCGUGGUCUUAAUGCAGUCACAAACUUUGAUCUCAGCCGUUACAUCAAAUGGCUAAAACCUAAUGGCCACGACAAUGAGAAUACCAGCUUUCCAAGUUUUAUCAAUACUACUACUACUACAAGCACUGAACAGCCUAACCUAACCCAAAACCUUAACCAAGAACUUGGAUUGGGAUUUUUCCAGAACCAACAACAAACAAGUGGCUCUGGGGAAACCAUUCUAGGUCAGCCUCGCCCAGCCACUGCUACAUCAGCCCUUGGCCUCCUGCUUCAGUCAACCAAGUUCAAGGAGAUGAUGGAGAUGACAUCGGCAGUUGAUAGCCAGGUGUCGCCACCAGAGUCGGACCCACCUCAGUGUACGUUUCCUGAUGACAUACAGACUUACUUUGAUUGCCAAGAUUCCAGCAGCUAUGGAGAUCAUGGAGAUGAUAUUAUAUUUGGUGAGCUCAACUCAUUGAUGCCACCCAUGUUUCAAUGCGAUUUUUGAAGCUUGGAGGGAGAGACACAUUUAAUGGUUGGAUGAAGAUUGGAGCUGUGGAAGUCUCUCUCUCUCUCUCUCUCUCUCUCCCCUUUUGCUGUUUUGUUACGAAUUUUUUGUGAAUAUGGAAUAUUUCAUUCACAUUAAUUGAUGAGAUCAGGCCAAGAGUUAUGGCAUGGUGAAGAGUAGCAAAGAAAAAAAUUCUUUUAGAAAUGAUUCAAAUUUCCACUUCUUAUCAUGUGGAGAGUACUAGGUUAUUUUGAAAUUUAAUUUGUUGUUUGAUGUAAAGAAGAAUAAUCAAAUUUUUAUGGUCUUUGGCAUCAUUUUUUUUAAUU